AUGUCAAGCUCGACGCUGAAACAGCCACCGACAUUACAACAAUCACAGACCAAUGCUUUACUCUCCCUCCUCAAUCUCAAUAACCCCCCUGACAUUACAUCCUCUUCAACGUCCAAACCCUCUUCUUCGGGUGUCUCAACCCCAACGCCCCCUGGCCCUCCGGUCUUCAAAAUUCUGGUGCUAGAUCAACAAACGAAAGAUGUUUUAGCUACUGUUCUACGGGUUCAAGAUCUGCGCGACGUCGGCGUAACUUUACAUGUGCAACUUCAUUCGGCACGCUCACCUCUUCCCGAUGUUCCUGCCGUUUACUUUGUUUCCCCGACCCUUGUCAAUAUACGCAGAAUAGCAGAGGAUUUGCGCAAGAACUUGUACGAGUCUUACCAUUUCAAUUUUGUGGAACCGCUUCCUCGACAUCUCCUCGAAGAACUGGCAGCAUCAAUUGCUCAGGACGGCACAGAAGAGUACAUUGAACAGGUCAUCGAUCAGUAUCUGUCAUUUAUUGCUCCUUCGCCAUCCCUCUUUUCGCUCUUACCCCCGUCCGCAUCAACUCUGUCCCAGUCGUCAACUCCUGCUCCUUCCAACCCCACAACACCAAAUUCGACGUACACAAUCUUAAACUCUCCAACGUCAACCGAGCAGGAAAUAGAGAACGAGAUCGAGCGUGUCGCCAGCGGUCUCUUCAGUGUAGUUGUUACCAUGGGUCAUGUACCGUUCAUCCGAGCUCCAAAAGGCAACGCUGCUGAAAUGGUUGCUAGAAAGCUAGAAACAAACAUUCGAGACGCACUGAUAUCACCGCGUUCAUACUCUUCUACCGCGAUCCAGCCCCCGUCGCUCUUCUCUCAAGAUUCGACGGGUCUGUCUACUCUACAGCGCCCUCUUCUACUCAUUCUCGACCGCAACAUUGAUCUUAUCUCAACCCUCUCCCACGGUUGGACCUACCAAGCCCUCGUCUCCGACUGCCUUGAAAUCAAACUUAAUCGCGUCAAAAUCACACAUCAACCUCAGCCCAAAUCCUACGACCUGGAUGCGAAGGACUUCUUUUGGGCCAAGAAUGCUGCGAACCCAUUCCCACAAGUGGCAGAGGAUAUUGAUCUGGAAUUGAACAAAUAUAAGCAAGACGCAGCGGAGAUCACGAGAAGCACGGGGGUUAGCGAUGUGAACGAUAUCGCCCAGUUGGACCUCACGACCAACGCCGCGCAUUUAAAGACCGCAAUUACACAGCUACCAGAGUUAACAGCAAGGAAAGCCAUACUAGACACGCAUAUGAACAUCGCAACCGCGCUUUUGGAACAGAUCAAGAAGCGAGGUCUUGAUGAGCUCUUUAGCACCGAAGAAGCCAUAAACAAGCAAACGCUUGCAAUGAUCCUGGAAGCACUUCGAUCCAAACGACCAGACGGCGACUUUACGGCGGAGGAUAAACUGCGUUUGGUGUUGGUGUUCUACUUGUCGCACCCCGACAAUGCCUUGAGUAAAGAGGACAUUGGGGAGUUGGAAAAGGAAUUGAAGAGUGCUGGUGCUGACAUAUCAGCAUUCGAAUAUGUGAGGAGAACGAGAGAGAUUUCGAGGAUGACGCUCUCGGUAAGUACAGGUGGUACGAAUACCCCGCUUGGCGGCAACGCGGGGCACGGGACGACAGGAGGGGAGUUAUUCAAAGGGUUUAGUGUGUUUGGUAACAAGCUCACCGACCGUCUGAAGGAAGGGGGUUUGGACCAUCUUAUCUCUGGCGUGAAGAAUUUCCUACCUGCGAAUAAAUUACUACCUAUCACGCGGUUGACGGAGGCUUUAAUGGACUCGUCCGCAGCGUCAAACCAUUCCCUCGCUGAGACGGACGAGUAUCUGUUCUUAGAUCCUAGAGCCCCCAAACAUCAAAAUGCUGGCCUUCCGGGCGCUGCUAGUGGAAGUGGACAAGGUCCGACCAGGGCGAGGAGAAUGGCUUUCAAUGAGAGUAUUGUGUUCGUCGUUGGCGGUGCGGGAUACGUAGAGUACGGAAACCUGGAGGAAUGGGCGGCGAAGACGGGGAAGAGAGUCACGUACGGCGGGACAGAGAUUGUGGAUCCUGGGGGCUUUGUGAAGGUUUUGGAAGGGCUAGGAAAGGCUCAGGGUGGGUAA